AUGGUCGUUCAGUUGAGUGAGGGUGAUAAAAACUGGGACGUGUCGAUGUUAGUCUCCGGAAUGCGAAAUCUGUUGGGUGUUUUGGAAGCUAUGAAACUCGAUGUCGCAAAUCAUCAAAUCAGAUGUUUGCGCCCACUGCUUAUCGAGGACACUGUUCAAUUUGAGCAAAAAUUCUUCGUAAGAAAAAUUGCAAUGGGUAGAGUAGACAUCGCUUCGGCACAUGAUUGGUUCAAAAAGGCAGCAAGCUUGCCAGAUAACGUUCACUUGGACGCACCAACACGAAUUCAAGGAAACACAUGGGACUUCAUGAAAGCACUUGUAAAUCUGACGUUACCAUCCAAAGCCAUAGAACCUGUUCCUCACACCUUCCUUUUCGAUGAGGAGCGCUUGGUUAAACUUCGAGCGGAUAUGCUGGAUCUAAUCAAUCUCGAGAUUUGCAUGUUUUUGUAUCACAAACUUGACGCGGCAUCCAAAAUGAACGAGGCUAGAUCAGUACCACAGGAUGAUACACCUGUUGCUUCGUCGUAUAUUUCUUCUCCCGCGGAUGAGGGCGUGCUCUCGGCACCGACAGUCCCUUCUGAGAAUGAUUUCAAAGCCAAACGAAAGUACAAUCAUUUGGCUCAGGAGAGAGGUCAUUUCUCAAGGGAACUUUCAGGUAAACAGGUAUGGGUACCAAAUCUAGAGGAUGAAGCUACGGAUUCUCAAUCGUCCAGCCCACGAUCAUCUCCAUCAACUACUGCAUCUACGCCAGAAACAUAUCCUGUAACACCACUUUAUUUGUCUCUUCAAAAUUUGGAUUCUGCUUCACAAUUCACGAUCCAAGCUUUAUCAGGAAGCAGAAGCACGACAUACCUCGUCAACCCGGAUGUCGAGGAUGAAGGUGAUGUCAACAUGAUGCAAGAUUCAGAUAUACCGGUUGAUGAAUCAUGA